CCGGGUUAUCACGUGCUUUGUCUGCUGUCCGAAAGUAAAAAAACGGCCAAAUUGGAUAAUUAAGUCACUAUGGACUCAAUUGCUUGUCAAAUGGGGUGACAUAAAGUACAUACAAAAGUGUGAAACUAAUCAGAAAAAUAGAAAUUCUGAUGUUGGAAUCACCUUGCACACAGGAGGAUCUAUUCCCCUUGCAGAACAUUGUAGAAGAUAUUCGAACUAAAUUUGUAUUUAGGAGGCAAAGCAUGGUGUGUCUGCAGAACCAGAUAAGAUGUUCUUACAAACGCACACGAAGAAAGAAGACGGUUCAUUUGUGACCCCCAAAGCUCAGAAAGUCUAUGUGAGUGUACUAUAGCACUAUACAUAUUUUAUUAAAUACAUUAUUAUUAAAUCUAGUAUUGAGACCUAUCAUGAUUAUUUCAAUAGCUUACAAAUAUGAUGCAGAUGUGUCCUAUUGUUGUAAUUUUCUAAUAACCGUGUUACUGUUGUUUAUUGUGAUAACAACUAAUGUAAUUGUUUGGAAUGGUUGUUCAUUGUUGUUGGAGUACUAAUCCCUUUGGAGUGAUAUGGCAGGUAUUAAAUUUGUAUCUACUAUUUUUGUUUACUUCUUUGUCCCUCGUAUAAUUUAUUUAGUGAUCAAUUUACAUUACAUUGUUCCCAAUGGCAGUUUGUAGUCCUAUACAAAUAUGCUUUUAAUAUUAUAUUUCAUGUCUAGGAAUCGUUUGAGGAACUGAAGUCAAAAGACACAAAUGCUAAUGCUAAAGAGUUGUUGGAGGCCGCUGGCGGACAUACAAAGGGUGGAAGAGUAUCAGGUUUUGGUUCAGCUAGCGAUUUCUACUUCCCAAGCACAUCUACUUCUGAAGUUCCUUCACAGCAACCGUCAUAUGAUGACACUGUAUGGAAACACCGUUUGGCUGAAGUUGAAAGGUCCAACAUUGAGCUUAGAGAAUCAAACAAAGAGCUGAUGGAGUUUAAGGAAUCUGCAUCAGUUACUAUUGAAAAAUUGCAACGCUCUAUGAAUAUGCAUCAACAAUCAGCACAAGGUACCUUUACGAAUAUGUUUCCACCCCAAAGUAUACAUCACAGUUCCGUCAUGGGUUUUCUUCCUCACCAGCAACCUAGCUACAUUAAUGUCCUUCCUCAACAACCUCAAUUUGGGCCCUUCAUGAGUAUGCUAAUGCCACAAACUUCACAAGGCUUCAAUAUGAAGAAUAAUGGCCCUAAUCAGGAAGACAAUGCAUGCCAAGAUGAGGAAGAUGAACAUGUUUAGUCUUUGUAUUUCAAACCAAAUAUAUGUUGUUUUUGUGAUUCAGUAUGUGCUUGUUAGUUGUUAUUGUGUUGAAUAUUGACUUCAUGAUUAUAUUUUGGAUUUCGUUGAGUUAAAAUAUGCAAUUGCUAUUGUUUACUGCUUAUUUAGGUAUAAUUAAAAAUUAUGCAUUUGAGAAGUGGUUUAACAGGGAACUGAUUGGUUACAUAUACG